AUGGCGGUCCCCGGGGAUGAGGCUCAGAUUGUUUCCAACACUACGUCUACUACGAAUGCCGAGGGUUUGCCUGGCACAUUCCCCGAUCCGCAACUUGAGGAGCCCGUUGUGGUAUCGUUGAAUGACUUGUCCUUGUCCGCUGGGGUUCGAUCUAGGAAGUCCGAAUACAUUCGACAGAGAAAGCUCAGAAUAAGGAUCGGAUCAUGGAACGUUGCAGCUCUGUCUGGACCGGAAGAGGACCUUAAGAGAUGGCUAAUUGCAGACCCGGUUGCCGGAGGGAAAGCCACUGAGAAUGGGGAUACUGGUGUCGGUGACAGAGAGGACGCCACAGACGAUGAGGCAGCCCAUUCAGUUUCGUUUAAGACCUAUGGGGAAGGACCAGAUCUCUAUAUCCUAGGAUUGCAGGAAAUUGUGGAUGUGGCCUCUGCUACAGAGGCUAUCAAGACAUAUGUUGAUCCUGGACCUUCUGCCAAAUGGAACGCAGCACUCCAAGAGGCGUUACCCCCGGGAUACACUUGCAUAGCUUCCCAGCAACUCGUGGGUAUGCUUUUACUGGUUUACGCUGCCCCAUCUUUGGAACCUCACAUAUCAUCAGUAAGUUCCACCAGUGUUGGGACAGGGUUUCUAGGCUAUACUGGCAAUAAAGGGGCAGUUGCAACACGUAUCGUCAUUGGAGAAACAACACGGUUGGUGUUUGUGAAUUCCCAUCUUGCAGCAGGGGCAGAAAAGGCCAAUCUAGAAAGAAGGAACUGGGAUGCGGCUCAGAUCAUUUCUCGUUCAAAUUUUGCCCCUAUCGAGGAACAGGACCUUAUCUCCGGGGAAAUGAAUCAUCAAUUUGGGGAAGAAGAAUUUAGCUUUUGGUUUGGAGAUCUGAAUUACCGUCUAGAUGGUAUCCCUGGGAACGAUGUUCGCCGACUUCUUCAUUUACAUGUUCAAGACGAAUUCCGCCCAGCAAAACGGAACCCCCCUUUACAGAGUAUCGGGAACAGUCAGCCUGAGGAAUCUCGGAAAUCGUUUGAAAGCGACAUCACCUCGUUGCCAUCAGAGGAGGGUAUACAAAUGGAUGAUAAUGACCUCGAUCCAACAGAGGACCCAGCCUUCCUAUUGAACACACUCUCGUCGCUCUUACCUCAUGAUCAACUCCAAGCUCAGCAGAAGAGUGGAAAAUCAUUUCAUCAGGGCUGGCGAGAAGGGCCAAUAACAUUCUUGCCUACUUAUAAGUAUGAUGUUGGACAGAUAGGGGUACUCGACUCCAGUGAAAAGCAACGCAGUCCAAGUUGGUGUGAUCGAAUCCUGUUUCGAACCAAGUCCGACCAUAUGAGACAUAAAAGGAAAGUUAAGGAGGCAGAAGAAGCGAAGAAGAGAGACGAGGAAAUAAAGUCUCUAGGCUUGGAUAAGGCUGCGGAAGAUGACAAUGUCCUUUUCGAUUAUGAUCCAGAUCAGGAUGCCGCAGACUACGACCCUGAACAGGAUGAUAUAACAGAAGAUGCAACGAAUAAUGAUACCACGGGUGAGAAUAUUAUUUCUCUCCUGGAGUAUACGUCCCAUCAGCAUAUUGUUUCUUCUGACCACAAACCUAUUCACGCUGAUUUCGACGUCACACUUGAUGUGGUCAUUCCAUCGUUGAAAACGAAGAUUCAUCAGGAAGUUGCCCGAGAACUAGACAAGGCCGAGAACGAAGCCCGCCCUGAUAUAACUAUCGUGGUGGACGAGCUGUCAGAAGCCCGUCGAAGUAGCUCUGGCGGUGUUGCUCUUCCCACUCAGCCAGAUACCGUUCACUUUGGCAAGGUGAGAUACCGUGAUCCGACUUCACGGAGUCUGACCCUUGCAAAUACAGGCGGUGUUCCGGCUACUUUUGCUUUCCAUUAUAAUCCUUCUAUUGAUAUGGCUGGCCCUUGUUCGUCUCCUCCCUGGCUAAAUAUCCGCGUCGAUUGGCCCGCCAAUAAUCCUAACCAAGAUGAUAAAUCGCCAAAGGAAUACACUUUCCAACCUGGCGACUCCGCCAAUGUUCGUUUAACAUUAUGUAUAUCCGAUAUUGACUUUGUCCGCAAACUCAAUGAGGGCAAGGCUAAAGUGGAUGAUAUCCUUGUAUUACGUGUGACUGAUGGACGGGAUCAUUUCUUAUCUAUACAAGGCCAUUGGUUACCUACGUCCUUUGGCUUCUCUCUGGAAGAGCUUACUUGCAUACCCGAAGAUGGUGCGAUAGCUGAGCAUACCAAACGAUCCAUUGCCGAAUGGGGCAUGGUUUCCAAUGACACAAACCCUGAAAGUAGUGGGGCUCCAUGGGAAGCUGACAAGAAGCCUGGUUGGCCAUUUGAUUCACAGACCUGGUCAUUGAACGAUACCAAGGAAAGAGAGAAAUUGCUUAUCGAUGUGAGGGAAGCAAUUGAUACAAAUAGUCCAUUUUCUGAACACUUUCCUCCAAAUUUCCCAUGGAAAUACCGCACAGAGCUGCUUGCUGAGACUCUGAUUACUUUCCUUCGGUCUCUUCGUGAUGGUAUCAUUACUGAACACCUGUGGUGUGCUCUAGAUGAGCGACUGAAGCUACUACGAGACAAAUCAAGGCAACAGGAACCUCCAUCCAGCGAACAGAUGCAGUCAUCAAUACUUGAGACCCUCUCAACAUCACCUUCCCACAGUGUCUCCUUCACUUUUCUCACCUUCAUGCUGAAUCGUAUCGCAAACGAAAUAGCCCCGAUUACACCGACGCCUACACCUUCUGCUACGUCUCCUCCCGCAGAGUCACCCUCAACUCCUACUGCAACCAGCUCAGAACAGCCAUCAAUACCUACUCCUGCAGCUCAGUCUACCCUCCUAAGUAGGCAAGCGUCUCUUUCGUUCCCAUUCCGGUUGCGAGGCCGAAACAGUACUCUAGCUGGAAAUAGUGAUGCAGACCACUCUCCCUCAAUACCGCGGAAAAACCAAUCAGUUGCCAGAAGAGAAGCUCUUAACGAUGCAUAUGCCUCUCUUUUUGCUUCUGUGAUGUUUUCUUCUUCCAUUCCGUUACCGGAAAAGGAUAAAGACAGGAGGUUGCUCGAAGAAAGAAAGAAAGGGGUUAUAACUCCCUUUUUGUAUAGUGAUACCAGUUAA